GGUUCCGCUGGUGGCGGGGGAACAAUUGGGGGGUUUGUUUGGAGCGUGAAUUUGGGAACUGCGUUCAUCUAACUCCGCACAAUACUGCACCUACAUAUAAAAUACCAACAGGCACAAGACCACUCUGAAAUAGCGGAAUGAAAAUAAAGCUGGGGCUGUGUUGGAUUUGAUGGCUGGUUUACUGUUUUCGACAGAAGUGGCUGUCUACUGAUGAUAACCCGCGGUGUCAGCCCCAGGACCAGGCCUUCAUGUGGAUGUCCAACUGUUAUUGAAAUGUCAGAUAUUUGCAAACUUUAUUUCUGACUUCUCCCGGCAAAGAGUACAUAUUACACUCUCUUCCUUUUCUUUAACCUGGUGUAUCUUCAAAGCGACAUAAACUUUUAAGAUGUCCCGGAAUUGUUUAUUAGAAGAGGUCUGCCAGUGGAAUGAGGAGAUGUGCAAGAAGAAGAUGGAACCUGUUCUCCCUGACCUUAUCUGUAUAUAUCAAUCUACUGAGAGCAAUAGUGAACAAUUACGAGUGUUGAAGAUUCUCACAGACAAGUUUGUGCCUCACAUCAGCCUUGCUGAGAUAGAACAGAUCUUUUUCUCUCAAGCAUUACCCACGGUAAUCACUUUGUUUGAUGAGCUUGCAAAUAAGUUAUCCCAGCAGGCAGGAGGGCUGUCCAGUCAGAGCACUGAACUGCAGGCAGCGCUGAGGAACACUAUACAGUCUCAGGUUCAGCUUUUGGAAGUUCUGAUGAAUAUUGUUCAUCAUAUGUGCACAUUUGAGGAGGCUUUGACCUUAGCAAGCAUCCAUUCACUAUCCUUGGCUGUCUUCCAUGUCCUUCAGAAUACCUUCAAUCACUGCAAGGACAGUGAGACUUUGUACAGUGGUCGCUUGCAUUUGGUUGCGGACCUGUUGCAAUCUUUAUUUAAGGAAGCAUAUUCCCUUCAAAAGGGCUUCAUGGAACUCCUGGAUCGGAUAGUUUUGGAAUCGGCUGAUGCUACUGGUGAUGACAUUGCAUGUAUGGUGAUAGUGGUUCACAAUGUUUUGAAGAUUUGUUCAGUCAUUUCCAAAAUGGAUCAUGCCCUACAUGCUAACACAUGGAAGUUCCUUAUUAAAAUAAGUGUGAAGCACCGGGUAUUGAUCGAGACAAAGCUACCACAUGAUGAACUUGUUGCUGGUCUUUGUGGCGAUAUUCUCUAUUCUUUCAACUCAUGCUUGCAGUUAGCUGAACAAAUGAACCAACCUGCAGAAAUGGGGAAUGCAAACAGUACAGAUUGCAAACUCUUCCAGAAGACCAUGAAGCUGUGUCGCUUUUUUGCCAACACACUGGUGCAUUAUGUAAAGGAGUUCAUUGAUUUCCUUUCAAAGUCUUGUCAUCUACUGCAUCAACUUUACCUUCAGGUGUACAGUAAAAUCACUCCUAGUUUGUAUGCACCAGUUUUGUCUGAUGGACCCUGUGAUCAAAUUGCUUCCGUUGUCCCAGUUGCUUUGGAUGCUCUUGUCUCGCGGCUAGUGUCCUUCAGGCCCUUUGUGGAGAUGAUGCUGGGCGAUAACCAGGAUCUCAGUUCAGAGCUGGCCUUUCCACAGUGCUUGCUGCUGAUUAAUGUCAUGGGCAAACUUACAUCACAAUCCUGGGAGGUUCAAAGUCUUUGGUGUUCUGGCUGCCAGUUUUCAGAGGAAGGGCCAAGGUUACCUUUGUUCCAUGUAUUAUUUCAUAACUUCCAGCGAUGCUAUGCAGAGCUUUCCUUGCCGAUCCAGUUGCCAGGAGUGAUGAGUAAGGGACAGGCUCAGCAAAGUAUAAGCCUUUAUGAAUAUGUUUGUACUCAUCUGUGCUCUUUUAUCACAUCCCUUCCGGCUUCUCUUUUUCUAGAGUUGGAAUGCACAUUAUUGGAUACUGUACUCAGUCCCCACAUGUUAACUGCAUUACUGGCUACAGAUGCAUGGUGUUUCCUUGCACGUUAUGGAAGUGCUGAACUUUGUGCGCAUCAUGUCUUUCUCAUUGCUCAGUUGGUAAAAUCUUGUUGUGUAGAGUGUUACCAGCUGUCCCAUUUAUCCUUACUGCUCCGACGUAUGCUUUUUCUCAUGGCAGCAGACCAUCAGGUUGUAUUUGUGGAGAAGUUUUCUCCCAAGGAGACUAGCAACUUAUUGCUGUGGCGACAAGUCAGUAUUAAAGCUCUGACCCCUGAGCUUCAGAAACCUGUCACUUCUGACAUCACCAGGACAGCAAUUGACCAGUGCCUGAAGUGGCAGAGUAGCAAACGUGCCUUGGGAGAACUGGAACAAGUGAAUGUUGCCCUUGCUGCUCUGGAAGCUGUGUGUCACGCUCAUGGGGAAGACUUAAAUUUGGAGUUGCAAUUAUCAAUCACAGAAACACUUUGCCAGAUGUGGACAGCCCUCACCGUGGAACAGGUCCUGAGCCAGCACUGUGCUCAGCAGACAGCAGCUCUGCUUCUUUCUCUUGUUGCAUCGCUGAUUCGAGUAGUAGGUGCAACAUUGAUAACUCAGGUGAUAUUGUUUCUCAGUUGCCUUCUUCCCUUAAAUCCCCCUGAUCAUGUUCGCCUUGCUGCACUGGACUUCUUGGGUUCCCUAGGAAAGAUAGUUAUACCACCAGAUGUUCAGGGCACAGUCCUUCCAAAGCUACCUUGCCUCUUUGCAUCCUUUCUGGCUGACAAGUCCUGGUUAAUUCUUCAACAUGCACUGCAGGGAUUUACACUGUUUGCUGAGGAGACCAGCCAUGAGGAGGUGGUUCCUCACAGCCUGGAGUCAGGAGAGACAAAGAGCAAAGUUGUAAACUUCUUGAACAAGGUGAUCACAACAGUUCAGUGCAGGGAGUUGCAAGUGGAGAGGUUAAAACAAGAAAAUACUAUUCUGGAUGCACAUUUUGCUAGCCUAAACCUAUGUGCAUUGAAUGACCCUGUUGUAAUGCAGCCAUCUGUUAAGCGUGCCCGAUUGGAACAGUGUGAAGAAGAGGAGUAUGAGUCAGCAUUGCAAACAGCAGAGAAUGCUUUUAAAACACUGCAGACCUUGAUACAACGAGGAGCAGCACCAGAAAGGGUAAUGGUUCGUUUAAAAGCUCUGCAGACAACAAUCAUUGCUUUGAACACUGGCAGGUAAUAAGGUAUAUAACAAUCUGAAGAAAUUGCCUCUUCCUGCAGUGGAGAAAUACUUGUCAUUGCUGUUUAAUGGGACGACCAGCCUAAUGCCAAUCAACUUUUUAUCUUUUGAAAUAGACAAGAAUUGCAUGUAGUUAAUGGACUACCAGUGGCUAAUGUUCCAGGGUUGAUUUGCAUCAAAUUAACCAAAUGUAAAUAACGUACUUGCUGCUCACCCAUAUUCCUUAAAUUUUCAACUUGUUUCAAGAUAGAUUUUAAAAUAUUUUUGAAGUGGCAGCUUUCUGCAACAGUUACCUACCUUGAACUGGUCAGGGAGAUAACUCAGCAGCCAGAGUGGGGUGCCAAGCACAAUGAACAAGAAAUCAAUGUAAAGUUGAUUAAACAACUAUGCAGUGCUCAAUUCUCAACCCAUUUGCACCUGCAAUUCCACAUAUGCAUAAGUACUUGCAACCAUGACACUUUCCCAAAGGAAUGGAGGGUGUGGACGGAGUUUCAGUAGAGUUCUGUUUCCUUACUGGCAUUACUGAAUCUCAGCUGUGCCAACAUUUCACAACUGAGGGAACUGUAAAUGAAGGUCCAUUGACACAUGCAGUAGAAUGCUUGUUAAGGAUCACCAACGAAGAGGAUGUAAGCUACAUGUACCGCUUUAGAUUCUCAUCUGGUGCAUGCUUCCUUGGUGGGUCAGCCAGCAAGGAGUAAGAGGCUGGAUCAUCCCCCUCCUGCAACAAAGGAUUGCUUAAACCUGGGUUGAGAAUUUUUUUAAGUUUGAAAAUAAGUAUCAAGAUGUUGUUGUUGGAUGUGUUCACUGUUGUAAUUAAGUACAAAACCACUGAUUGUUAGAAUGUUAAAUGUAAUCAUUUGAUUUUUUUCAAAUAGGUCUUUAUUAAUUGUAUAAAAAUUUAAUACAUCUGAACCCAAUAAAUUAUUUUACAAAUUC